AUGAACAUCGACCUUGACCACCGAGAAGACCUCGACCCUCGCGCAAGCGGCCGUCACUUGGACUCGGGCAUCGAGUCCCGCACUUCCCAACGGAACUCCAACGAAGGCAGUAACGAGAACCCCUUUGCCAGUCCCGAUGGCACCCGUCCACCAUCAAGCUUCGACACAUCAUCGAACAGUGGCGGCCUAGCAGCUCAUCACGAAGCCCUUCCCGGUGGCCAACGAUACUUCCACUCUCGUCGAGUACGAAAGGGCGAGAUAGAAAAGCCGUGGGCACUGAAGAAGCACCCCAAGGAGAAGUGGGUAACUAUCAUCCCUCUAAUCGGCAUCUUCAUCGGCUUGGGAAUCUCGGGCUUCCUGAUUUGGGAUGGAAUCAGGUCUGUGGUGCAGCACAAGUACUGUUUGGUACUGGAUGAGGAUUGGAGUCAGGGCAUUAGGGACAGUGUGUGGCAGCAUGAGGUACAGUUGGGUGGUUUUGGCAAUGGCGAAUUCCAACAAACCACCAAAGACAACGCCUACGUCGAAGAUGGCAAGCUAGUCAUCAAGGCUACCCUCCAAGAUGACAAGCUCCUCAUGUCCAACUCCAAAAUCGAUCUCCUCGACUCCGGGGAGUGCACUUCCACCGUUUGGGAGAACUGCUACGCCGAAACCAACACCACGGCCGGCAACAGUUCCGUCGUCCCGCCCGUCCUCUCGGCCCGCCUCAACACCCGUUUGGGAGCCUCCAUCAAGUACGGCCGCGUAGAAGUCGUCGCCCGCAUGCCCGAAGGUGACUGGCUCUGGCCCGCCAUCUGGAUGAUGCCCGUCAACAGCACCUACGGCGAGUGGCCUCAGUCGGGCGAGAUCGACCUUGCAGAGUCCCGCGGAAACAACUACACCUACCCGCAAGGCGGCAACGACAUCAUUUCCUCCACGCUGCACUGGGGCCCUUCUUCCAACUCAGACGCCUUCUGGCGCACCAACGUGAAGCGCCAGGCCUUGCACACCACCUUCGCCAACAAGUUCCACACUUUCGGUCUCGAAUGGUCAGAGAAGUACCUCUUCACCUACGUCGACUCGCGCCUGCUGCAGGUGCUAUACACAAACUUCAACAAGCCUCUCUGGCAGCGAGGCAACUUCCCGCAGGUGGAAAAUGGGACGAGAACUGUUGAUCCGUGGGGACAUACGGGGAGAUUCAACACGCCGUUUGAUCAAAAGUUUUAUCUGAUUCUGAACGUGGCGGUGGGCGGAACUAACGGCUGGUUCGAGGACCAGGUUAAUGGCAAGCCGUGGGUUGACGCCAGUCCGAAUGCCAAAAAGGACUUUUGGCAGGCCAAGGAUCAGUGGUUCCCAACGUGGAAGAAGCCGCAGAUGGAGGUGGAGAAGGUGACGAUGUGGCAGCAGUGUGAUGGGCAUGAGGAGCUUUAG